AUGAGACGAAACCAAGACUUUUUUCGUAACACAUCAUCGGAGUCGAUCGAUCCAAGCGAGCCCCAGUGCUCAGCCAUUAUUAAUAGUCCUAACGUUUGGACUCGAAUGUCUAUCAGUAUUGAUUUGGGGUUUUCUGAGGCAUUUAUGGUGGGAGAAUUGGAGUGUGAUGAUCUUGUUGCUCUUGUUUCCAACGCAUCAUCCCACUAUGAUACCUCGAACGCACUUUUCUCUUCUUUUUUAUCACCAGACAUGAGUUACUCAUGUCCAAUAUGGGAUACCACUGGUAAAGAAGAAACUCUCGAGGAAGCACAAAAACGAAAAGUACAUAAUAUUAUUGAUAAAGCGGAUAUGAAGCCAGAACAUCACAUCCUCGAAAUUGGAGGUGGAUGGGCAUAUCUAGCUAUCCAAGCUGUAAAGAAAACUGUGGAUCAAAACACUCUGGGCGAGAAAAGGGUUGAAGAGGCGGGAUUAACAGAUCGAAUUGAGAUAUUGCUUUGCGAUUAUAGGCAGACUCCUAAGCCUAUUCCUGCAGGGUUUGAUAGAAUUAUCAGUGUCGAAAUGGUGGAAUAUGUUGGGGAGGAGUACAUGGAGACCUAUUUCAGAGCGAUUAGCGAAUCGUUGAACAAAGAAAAUGAAAUCAUGGUAAUACAAAGCAUAACCGAAACGAAUCAGGGCCUCCACCAAACUCGAUCCAAAAUUGACACUUUCAUGGAGCGCUACAUCUUCCCAGGAGGAUAUCUCCCUACCGUCAGAGAGAUUAUUGAACAUCUUGAAGCGGGAUCUACUGGUUCUCUAGAGCCUGAGAGCGUGCAAAGUAUAGGUCCUCAUUAUGUGCGAACUUUGCGCUUGUGGAGGGAAAACUUUACUCGGAACUGGGACAAAACUAAGCUGUUGUACAUGAAAGGAAGAGGAGACAUGACGCUGUUAGAUCUCGAAACUUUCCAAAGAAGGUGGAUUGGUUACUUUAGUUAUUGCGAAGCAGGCUUCCGAGCAGGUAUUUUAGGGAACCAUGUAAUUACUGCGAAGAGGGCACAAGUUCUGUCUCCAGGUGGAAUUGUUCCACUUUAA